AUGGCAGAGGAACACGCAGGGGAAGACAGGACACAGCGAGCCCGCCUCCUCGGAAUCCGGCCGGCCGGGUCGAGGGAAGGGAGAAGGCGCAAAUUCGACCGCUGGACCAUGGACUUCCCACGCUUGGCCCAUGGAGGAUUCCCGUCGGCCGCUGAAAAGCACCGCCGCGUCCAGGGCCGCCGAUACAAGGCGUCGUCUAAGCCGCCUGGUGACGAUGCCAAAUGGGCUUGUGAUGCGACCGUCCACGUGUGCUACACGUGCAGCCUGCCUCGCCGGCGAAUCCCAGUCCGUCCUUUUGCCCGACAAGCUGCGCCAGACAAGCCCUUGGCCGUCGCGGCGUGCGUGCGUUGGAUCUCUUGCGACCUCCAGGCGAGCAUCUUGGCCGGCUUGGCUUGGGAAAUGGCGGAGUGGCUCCCACUCUCUAGCACGGCAGGCCAAGGCCCGACGGUGUGCCGACGCCGGCGAAUGAGAGCGGCAGCCCGCUCGUAUGACGCGCCUGGGCGUUCUCGGCGACCCAGUUCACUGAGCCAGGACCCCUGCUUAACAUCUUUUUACCCCGUUUCCCCAUUAUCGACUGCUGGGACCAGCGUGCCAGUCUCCACCGCAACCCCAACGGUGAGGGCCAACGCCAUCGCCUCUCCCCCAUCCAUCCCCUCCACCCAGCAAGCUGCUGGAGCCGCUCCUCUCCGCCCUGCCCUCCAUGAUCCAUCCACCGCCUACUAACCCCCCAACUGCCGCUACC